CUGUGGGUUGUUAUUUCCAAACAAAGGGUUGUGAUAAGUAGGUUUCUCCAUGAAGAAGCUAGUGAAGUUCCAAUUACAUUUCUUGUCCUGGUUGAUUCCUAUGAGUUUGAUCCAGAUUUCAACUGUGUUGACCGUGGCAACUUCACAGCUAACAGCACUUUUGCUGGAAAUCUCAACCGCCUUGUCUCCUCUCUCUCCUCACUCAAAUCCAAAGCUUAUGGCUUCUACAACCUUUCUUCUGGAGACUCAUCUGGAGAAAGAGCUUAUGCAAUUGGUUUGUGUAGAAGAGAAGUCAGAAGAGAUGAUUGUCUCAGCUGUAUUCAGACAGCUGCAAGAAACCUCACCAAGCAGUGUCCACUGACAAAACAAGCCGUUGUAUGGUACACGCACUGUAUGUUUCGUUACUCGAACAGGACAAUCUAUGGAAGAAAAGAGACGUUCCCCACUACGUCUUUAAUUGCGGAUGAAGUGAUAUCAGCAAACAGAGAUGACUUUGAGCGUCUGCAGAGAGGACUAUUGGACAGACUCAAAGGAAUUGCAGCGGCUGGUGGGCCGAAUAGGAAAUACGCUCAAGGAAACGGUUCGGCUUCGGCGGGGUACCGGAGAUUCUAUGGAACUGCCCAGUGUUCGCCAGAUUUGUCUGAACAAGAUUGUAAUGAUUGUCUAGUUUUUGGGUUUGAGAGUAUCCCACGUUGUUGUGAUGCUGAGAUUGGUCUUCGGUGGUUUUGUCCUAGUUGUAACUUCCGGUUUGAGACGUGGCGAUUUUAUGAGUUUGAUGCCGACCUAGAGCCUGAUCCACCUGCAAUUCAGCCUGCUGAUUCACCAACGUCGUCUGCCAGAACUGAGAGAACUGGAAAGAGCAAAGGUGGAUCUAAAGUCAUUAUCGCGAUAGUCAUCCCUAUAGUUCUUGUUGCAUUUGCAAUUUGCCUAUGCUUGGUCUUGAAGUGGAAGAAGAACAAGUCUGGAGAUAGAGUCAAAGUUCUUGGGAAAUCGCCUUUGUCGGGAUCAAUUGCCGAGGAUGAGUUCUCAAACACCGAUUCGCUGUUAGUUCAUUUUGAAACUCUAAAGGCUGCAACAAAUAACUUUUCUUCUGAAAAUGAACUUGGACGUGGUGGGUUUGGUUUAGUUUAUAAGGGUGUGUUCUCUCAGGGGCAAGAAAUCGCGGUGAAGAGAUUAUCUGGUACUUCUGGACAAGGAGACAUCGAGUUCAAGAACGAAAUUUUACUACUUGCAAAGCUUCAACAUAGGAACUUGGUUAGGCUUUUAGGUUUCUGCAUACAAGGAGAAGAAAGACUCCUUGUCUAUGAGUUCAUCAAGAACGCUAGUCUUGACCAUUUCAUCUUUGGUAACUUUUUUCCGCCCUUUACUCUGUAUAAUGCUACCAUUCUUUUUUUCUACACUGUGGUUGAUCUUUGUGCCUGGCCUAUUGCAGAUAUUGAGAAGCGUCAACUUUUGGAUUGGGGAGUACGAUACAAAAUGAUUGGAGGAGUAGCUAGAGGACUUCUUUAUCUUCAUGAAGACUCUCGUUUCCGGAUAAUUCACCGUGAUCUUAAAGCUAGCAACAUCCUUUUGGACCAAGAAAUGAAUCCGAAAAUCGCAGAUUUUGGAUUAGCUAAACUCUUUGACACAGGCCAAACCAUGACACAUCGAUUCACAAACAGAAUUGCAGGAACUUACGGGUAUAUGGCUCCGGAAUACGCAAUGCAUGGACAAUUCUCAGUAAAAACAGAUGUUUUCAGCUUCGGUGUAUUAGUCAUUGAGAUCAUUACAGGUAAGAGAAACAACAAUGGUGGAUCUAAUGAUGACGAAGAUGCAGAAGAUCUUCUUAGUUGGGUAUGGAGAAGCUGGAGAGAAGACACUAUACUAAGUGUGAUUGAUCCAAGUUUGACCACGGGAUCAAGAAAUGAGAUCUUGAGAAGCAUACACAUUGGUCUUUUAUGCGUUCAAGAGAGUGCAGCAACUAGACCAACAAUGGCUACCAUUGCUCUCAUGCUCAAUAGCUAUUCUUUUACUCUUCCGACGCCUUCGAGGCCUGCAUUUGUGUUAGAGAGUGUCAUGCCUUCGAAUGUUUCUUCUUCAACGGAAGGGUUACAUAUGUCCUCGAAUGAUGUCACUGUUUCUGAGUUAUCUCCUCGUUAGUCUGUAAAUGUUUUUGAUUCUUCUCUGAAAGCCUUUGAAAUGGAUUUUGUUUGUGUGAAUUUUUAGGCAGCUUGGCUUGAUCUUAUUGUGAAUAAACACGCAUCUGAAGCUGUGAGAUACGUUAUUCCUUUGUCUUAUUGUUUUCUUCUUCUAGUUUAUCAAUUGUAGAUUUCUUUAAAGGUACAA